AUGGCUCGCGCUAUCCGCCCCCCUCGCCCUACCUACACGAACUCCCAAGUCUUGGGGUUUUACUUCCGCCCGUGUCGCGACGAGAACGACGAGGUGAUUCUCGAGUAUUUCCGUUGCCGUUGCGGCACGGUUCGGAAGCAAACCCAUAGGAACGGGUACUCCAACCUGAUGCAACAUAUCAGGCGGGAGCACCCUGACUACGAGACCGUCAUGCUCGACGCUACGACGGCGGAGACAGGCUCCCUCGUGAACUUCGUCCGCCACUCGGCGCUCAACCUCCACGGCUGGAUGGUUUGGAUUGUCAUGUGCAACCUGCCACUCUCUUUUUGUGAGAGCCGAGAAGCUCGGCGCUACUCCAGCCUGGACCCCAUCUCGGAGGAAACGCUGCGGGCUGGCAUGGACGGGGUCGUCGUCGCCGUCGAGCGUUCGAUUGCGUCGGAGCUCCCAGCACGCUUCGGCAUCAUGCUCGACGGCUGGGCACACGCAUCUGAGCACUACAUCGCCGUGUUCGCGUGCUAUGAGGUGAACGGCUGUCCCAAGACUACGCUACUCAGCAUGGCCCCGCUGCUGGACGCGCUGGACGACGAUCUCUCCGCGCAGGGCCAUCUCGAGUUUCUAGCGACCAUGCUGCCGCGCGAUUACGGCGUACAGAUGGCGCAGUGUCGCUUCCUCGUAGCUGAUAACUGCGCCGUAAACCGGCGGCUGGCAACUCUUAUGAGUGUGCCGCUUGUUGGUUGCGCAAGCCACCGCCUGAACCUUGCUGUUCAGGCGGACAUGGCGUCGCAUGAGGAGAACCUGGCUGCUGUGCAGGCGCUCAUGGUAAAAUUGCGUACUCUCACCCAAUCUGCCAAACUACGGUUGAAAACGCCACUUCGGCCUGUCAUUCGCCAGUACACGCGCUGGAGCUCUACGUUCGAGAUGGUACGGCGCCACCUCCAGCUCCUCGCGUUUCUUGACGCCAAAGACGACGACCUCAUGGACCUGCUGCCGCCGCCGGCGAUGAACAAGCGACUGCGGGCAUUGUACCAGGAGCUGUGCGACAUCGUGUCGGCUCGAUGGCCCUUCAAGGCCACGACGUCGACCUGCUGGACGUUCGCGAGUGUGCCUCGGGCCAACAUUGUACACAGCCCAGAUUUUGAGGCUGGGUGUGUACGCGUUCUCCGCGGGAAGGCGCAGCGGCUGACGCGUGCUGAAAAGGCCGCUUUGCAGCCCUUCGAAGCUGCCAGACCGGACGACGCGGCCGCGAGUGAGGAGGAGGAGGAUCCAGCCGCGUCGUUCGUGGAGCGUCUUCGGAAGCGCCGGCGGCUUGCACAGGACCGUGUCAAGUAUGAGCAGCUGAAGAGCAUCCCACCCACGUCGAACGUGGUGGAACGCUUCUUCAGCAUUGCUCGGGUGACAUUUGGUCAUCAACGACACGGCCUGCUGCCACGCACGCUUGAGACGAUUUUGUUUCUCCGCCAGAAUCGGUCGUACUGGGAUGCAACGACUGUGGACAAUUUGAGCUAG